CCCCCACUACGCUGUAUUUGUGUAUAUCACUGCACAUAGGCACUAGGCAUAUCCAAUCCAUGUGCACGAAAUAGUGCUGCAGCACCACAAUUUAAAUGUCCCUAACGAAGCACAAGCAACUGGUGCACGCGGCGACUGAUUCGCUGUCAGUAGACCGAUCAUAACCUGAUUACGUCAACUUGAUUGUGGAAUUGUAAAUAUUGCUCUUAUUUCAAUUUGAUUUUACCUAAAUAAUCAUGAGUGCGCAAGAUAUUACAAAGUAUAAAGAUUUUUUACUUCAGCAAAUGUUUCACAAGAAUAUUCAAGAAAAUGAACGACAUAUUCAUAACUUGAAUCAAUACAUAGCAAGCCACCAAGAAGUUAUAAAAAAUUUACAACAAUUUGGUAAUGAACUGUCCGUUGAUUGUCUGGUUCCUAUGGGAAAAUUAGCUUUUUUUAAAGGAAAAUUAACUCAUACAAAUGAACUUCUUGCUUUACUUGGUGAUGAGUACUUUGGAAAAUACAGCCAAAAACAAACUAUAGAAUUAAUUCAAAGGAAAAUCAAACGUGCUGUUGAUGCUUUAAAAGAUUUUGAAAAACAAAAUGAAUCUUUAAAAAAGCAGUUGUCCCUGGCAGCAGAAUCUGGAGCUAUGGAAUCACAAGGUGAAGAAAAUUUUGAUCAAGGUGCCCCAAUUGAAGAAUAUUGGGAUGAAGAAUCCUUAGAAAAGUGGAAAGCUGAACACAAAGUUAGAAUGCAAGGACAUUCCAAAACUCCUCAAACACAGAAUGUUUUAUCAGAUGAUGAAAUUAACAAAAGGCUAGAUGAACUAGAAUUGGAAGAAUUAAUUCUAGAAGGAAAAGAAAUGAAUAAUGAUAAUCAAAUUAUUGAGAAAAAAAUUGAUAAGCUUGAUGAUGAUGAAAUAAAAAAUAUUAUUAAAACAGAUAAUAGACAACCAGAAACACAAGGAGAAAUCUUACAAAAGAAUGAAUCAAUACUCAGUAAUAAAGAAAAUAAAGCAACAAUUAUAGUCGAUAAAGAAAAGAAGAAUUAUUGCGAUGACAGUUAUGAUACAGAUCAUGGUAUUAAAAUACACUUUAAACAUUCGUCAAAGGCACCAGUAUUCGAAAAUAAUCCCAAUAAAAUUGAUAGUCCCAAAGACAUAUUUAAUGUAUUCAGUAUGCCAGUCUCUAUUUUAAAGAAGUCAAAUUCUAAUAACACAUCAAUAAAUAAAUCUGUUAGUCUACCUGAUAACCAUCAGUUACCAGAUACAAAUGAAAGUAGAUCAAUAUAUUCAGAGAUUGUCCAUGAUAUACGUGAAACGAGUCAAAAAAGUGAAAACAAGAAUGCCACAAGGCCUAUGAGUAAAUUUAAAAGAGAAAGAAAGAAUGUUUAAGAACAUCUAUUUGUAUAAAUGUAAAUAUGAAAAAAUGAAUUUGAUAUUUUUUUACUGCAGAAUUGCUG